UUGCUUUUCACUCCCUUUAGGAGAAAAUGAAAAUGGCUUUGGAUUAAGACAAGAAAAAAAACCAAGUUUUUUAAGAAAAGCACCUAAAAUUAUUAUUAUUAAUUGUUAUUCCAGGACAAGACAAUUGCUGCUGAGUGCUGAGACUCCAAUCAUCCAGUAGUUGAAGUAGCAUUAUUUAUCUUUUCAUCAGCGCCAUUGGAUUUAAUAAUUCUUUUUAAUCUCUGAAGAAGAAGAGCUGCUGCUGAAUGAUGAUGGGGAAGGGGAAGGUUCAGCUUCUGUUACUUUUGGUUGGACUGGCUGCUAUUCUUGGCUGCGGAGGAGCCAAUGCGAAUGACUUUAAUGUCUGGCCAAUGCCUAAAUCAGUCACUAGUGGCCACAACAAGCUUUACAUGUCUCCGGAUUUUCAGCUCAUCACUCAGGGGAGUAGCUACAGCGAUGCUUCUGGGAUUUUGAAGGAUGGCUUCGCCAGAAUGCUUAAUAUUGUCAAAAUAGGCCAUGCCCCUUAUGCCAAUUCCUCCGUCCACCUUCCUUCUCAAUCUCUCCUCCUCAAAGGUCUUCGCGUCCUCGUUUUCUCUUCAAAUGACCAGUUACAAUAUGGUGUUAAUGAGUCUUACAAGUUACUAGUCCCUUCACAUGACAAGUCAUAUGCACAGCUUGAGGCACAGACAGUUUAUGGGGCUUUACAUGGGCUUCAGACAUUUAGCCAAUUGUGCUAUUUCAACUUCACAACGAGCAUGGUUGAAGUUCCUAUGGUCCCAUGGACUAUCAUUGAUCAGCCAAGAUUCCCCUACCGGGGACUCUUGAUUGAUACUUCACGGCACUAUCUGCCUUUGCCAGUUAUUGAGAAAGUGAUUGAUUCUAUGGCCUAUGCAAAAUUGAAUGUUUUACACUGGCACAUUGUAGAUACACAAUCUUUCCCUUUGGAGAUACCUUCAUAUCCAAAACUGUGGAAUGGUGCCUAUUCAAUUUCAGAGCGAUACACUUUUGCUGAUGCUGCUGAAAUUGUCAGUUAUGCCCAGAGGCAAGGAAUUCACGUAUUGGCUGAAAUUGAUGUUCCUGGACAUGCACUCUCAUGGGGGAAGGGUUAUCCUUCUUUAUGGCCAUCAAAGGAUUGUAAGCAGCCUCUUGAUGUGAGCAACGAGUUUACAUUCAAAGUGAUAGAUGGAAUUCUUUCAGAUUUCAGUAAGGUCUUUAAAUUUAAAUUUGUUCACUUGGGAGGUGAUGAAGUUGACACAAGUUGUUGGAGUUCAACUUCUCGCAUACAGAAAUGGUUAGAAAAGCAUGGUAUGAAUGCAUCUCAAGCUUAUCAGUACUUUGUCCUGAGGGCGCAGAAAAUAGCUCUGUCUCACGGAUAUGAAAUUAUCAACUGGGAAGAAACCUUCAACAAUUUUGGCAAUAAAUUGAGCCGGAAAACCGUGGUGCACAACUGGCUUGGUGGUGGUGUUGCUAAGCAAGUGGUUGCUGCUGGGUUGAGGUGCAUUGUGAGCAACCAAGACAAAUGGUAUUUAGAUCACUUGGAUACUAGUUGGGAAAAAUUUUAUAUGAAUGAACCACUUGCAAAUAUCAAUGACACUGAGCAGCAGCAGUUGGUUAUUGGGGGUGAGGUAUGCAUGUGGGGAGAAAUGGUAGAUGGAUCGGAUAUUGAACAGACCAUAUGGCCACGCGCUGCAGCAGCCGCAGAACGGCUAUGGACACCUUAUGACAAGCUUGCAAAGGAUCCAACACAUGUUACUAGAAGGUUAGCACACUUCAGGUGUCUGUUGAAUCAAAGAGGAGUAGCAGCGGCUCCAUUAGCUGGACCUGGUCGAGGAGCACCUGAAGAACCAGGCUCUUGCUACUCACAGUAGCGCGUAGCAACUAUAUUUAUUCAAGUCCAACUUCAAUUCUUGUGUGUUGAAUGAAGUUCAUUUGCAGUUAACCUCAUUGUAAUGACAUCAUAAUAAUAUGUAAUAUUAAAAAUCAGGUUGGUUUCUGGUUCCUUCUAAUAAAUAAGAUUUUUUUUCUUGCUA